AGUCACAAAUACCAGGGCACAGGUGAGCGGCUGAACAGUCUCUGGGGCUCUGCUUUGUUAGCCUACCCUUGUGUGGAUUAAGUGUUGCUGUUGCUGCUGGAGCACCUGCCAGCUAACAAUUCCAAUCUUGUGGCAGAACCAUCCAUGGCAGGAUCCUGUGAAAUCAGCAGCCUCAUCUCCAACUAUAUCAGCGCCAUAUAUGACCCAGAGGAAACACCACCUGACCCAGACCUGCUGACCCACCUUGGGGAUGACGACAGCCUUUCUCUUGCUCUGUCGAACACACACACAGCAAUGGAGACAACAGGCAAGCCAACAUGGUAUGGAGAGAUGCCACAUUGCUGGAGCAGAUCUCAGGUCCUGGAGUGGAUCAGCUACCAUGUGGAGAAGAACAAGUACGAUGCAAGCGCUAUUGAUUUCUCAUGCUGCAAUAUGGAUGGCUACACACUUUGUCAAUACUCUCGGGACCAGCUGGGAAUAAUCUUUGGGCCUCUUGGGGAUGAGCUGUAUGAACGUUUGCAUGAGAUCGCCUCUGUCCCAGAUGAACUUGGCUGGAUUAUAUCUGUGCUAAAGCAAGAUGAUGUCUCUCAAGAGGUCCUUCUGGACUCCAGCCCUUUAGAACUGGGCAAUUCAUGUACUCAGGAUGACCUGGGCGAGAUGAAGUUUCCAAACCUUUUCACCCAGCCUGAUCUUGGCUACAUCUCUGGCGCCAUGUCACCAGACAGUUCGGUGUCUUUUGCAGGGACAAUGUCUCAGAGCCCUCAUUCUCAGGACUCCGGUGGAAGUGACCUGGACCUUGAUCCCAUAGAUAUAAAGCACAGACACUUGUCUAAUGAAAUUAAGAAAGAAGAUUUGAAGAAGCGGAAAAGAGGACGGCCCAGGAAGGUCAGCAAGGACAACAGAGACUAUCUGGAGACCAAAAAAAGCAAACACUCCCCAAGAGGCAUCCACCUAUGGGAAUUUAUUCGGGACAUUCUAAUACACCCAGAGUUGAACGAGGGACUGUUGAAAUGGGAGGACCGGCGUGAAGGCAUCUUCAAAUUCCUCCGUUCUGAGGCAGUGGCCCAGCUUUGGGGGCAAAAGAAAAAGAACAGCAGCAUGACCUAUGAGAAACUAAGCCGAGCAAUGAGGUAUUACUACAAGCGGGAGAUCUUAGAACGGGUGGAUGGCCGGAGACUCGUAUACAAGUUUGGGAAGAACUCCAGCGGGUGGAAGGAGGAAGAGGUGCAAGACAAAAGCUAAGGAGCUUUGGCACCUAGCAUGGACUUGGAUUUGGCCCACUCAGAGGACUACCUUUGAGAACCAAUGCACUGGUUGUGGGCUCUGAGCCCUUAAGCUGCCGUCUCAAGCAGUUUGCGUUUAGACUCAAGCCCAUCUGCUGGGCAAGACACGUGUCCUGGCUCCCAGCUUGGGAGUUCAGAUGGUUAUAGCUGAUAUUUUGGCUCAAGUAGGUUAUUGUGAACCGUUAUUACAUUGCUACGAAGGGACUCUGCCUGCUCUCAACACGCACUAGGAUUACAAUGCCUUUGACUGUCCAAGAUCCUGCAUGGAAUUCAUCGAGGCAGAAGGAACAGGCCGUCCUUGGCAACAGUUUUGUCCCAGAGGGGCAUUUCACAGGACAUCAAAUGGUCCACUGAUUCCUAAAGCCCGCCCUGCACUGGGAAUUUGGAUUGGUCACUAUGCCUGCAGAAUAUGGGAGUGCUGGCAACCUUGAUCCCCACUCCAGAGCAUCAGCUGGGCAUGUAGCAGCAGACUUGUUACUGGCUAAUGCUCCUCUUUUAAACAGUCAGGCAUUAGUUUGCAUAAGUAAGGCUGAGAUCAUGUUAGGUCUCAGAUUGUCCUGGAGGGAAAAGCCUGACAGGUCUUUACUGGACUCUUUCCCAACUAUUUCCCUAUGUGUUGAGGGCAGGGGAGUGUGGGGGUUUAUCUCCAUAAAAGCACAGAAGCAUUUUCUAGGAAUAAUUUCUGUUGACUCUUAAUUUAUGUGAAAUAUGUAAACAUGUUUAUAUAAUGUACAUAGAUAUCUAUUUUUUCAUACGUAAGAUUGUGUGAUCAUGUCAGGAAGCACUGGGCAUUUUCAAAAACCAAUGAUUUUUUUGUGUUUGUUGCUAGUAUUCAGCUGGGCUGAAGAAAAAAUAGCAAUCAUUAUUUUGAAAUUGGAGAAGUAUUUGCAGGAUGUUGUAUUUCUGCUCAUUGGUCACUCCAGGGGAGACCUGCUUCUGCAUAACAUACAGGUCUCCUGCUUUUAAUAAUAAUUAACCAAUAAAUUACUGCUUUGUUGGUUUUUAAAUCUCGCUUGUGUGCUGAGUGUCAAUAAAAAUUCACUGG